ACUUCUUACGUAGCGCCAUUCAAGGGAGAUAAUAAAUUGUCAUGCACGUAAACAAUUCCAGAGACUUUUUUUACGGCUUAAAAUAACGGUUUGCAUAAGGAAUCUGAUGCACAAGUUGACAUAGUUCUCCUAAUGCCGUGUUGCCAAAUGCAUUGUAGCUGAAUGAAUAAAUGAAAGUUGUAUGCGUUUGUAAGCUGACUGAUUCGUACCCAAAUAUUUUCGUUCCUGACAUUUGGCAGGGCAAGCAACUAUUCCGUUAAUCUUUUUACCCUAACCAGGAAGGUUCAGAAGGCGCUAUAUGUGUGAAGCACAUGAUUGUCCAAUGGUGUACCGGUACAUGCGACGGAAAAAAGGACACAUCUUGCUUUUAUUAAUCUGUCUCAUUGUAUUGUACAUAUGGACAGACUCGAUCGACUCGUACACAGAUUAUGGUGGCAACGAGAAUCAACUGAAUUGUAAAUUUCCAUGCAUCGGACAAUACUGUGUAUAUUGUCAAACACAACCUCAGACUACUGUAAAAGUAGUUAAUAUAGCGGAACAUUUGAACCUGAAACAGAUACUCCGGACAUCUAGAUCCGAAUCAAAGAAGAAUGUUUCAUCUACGGAACAAGUUUGUAAAAGACCUAAUUUUGAUUUGAAACACGACAGUGUAAAAUAUGCGUUUUUUAAACUACCUCCAUUAAACUGCACUAAAGAAGAGUUGUUUUAUUUAGAAGAUAAUGUUUUUAAGUUUAAUAAGAGUCAACUAGGUGAUAGAGAGUUAGAAAAAUGCAUGUACUAUGGAGUUGAAAGAGUUUCGGACGAUUUUGCUUCAUAUACAGAUCCUUUGACUAAGGAAAAAGAACCUUUUGAUUUGAUUCUAUUGCAUGAUUUUGUAAGGAUUAAAUGUUUCUUAAAGAAAGAUGAGGAAGAACAAGAAGGAAAGGAUAUUAAAUUUGAAAACAAAAGUGAAGAACGAAACAGAAAGAUAGCAAAUGAGUUAAAGGAUACCAAGAAAGAAGUGAAUAUACAAAAUCAAAAUGAAACAAAUAUAGAUGUACAAGAUGUGUACCGCGCAAGAUUGAUACAAAAUUACGACAAUUCUGUCGAUGUUGACGUUGAGAAUGAAACAUACAGAAAUGAGUACGACCAUUAUUUUGAUCGAUACUUGGAUGACAACUUCUUCGACAGGGAUGAGCAUGCCGAUUUUGACCAACUUUUUGUGCAAGUUAAUCCAAAGAAAGAAGUAUUUGAACGAAUAACUAGCAAAAGUCCUAAUAGAUUAAUGCAGAAAAAAAUGAAUGUGUUAAUGUUUGGUCUCGAUUCCAUGUCACAUUUGUCGUACCAGAGAAAGUUACCAAAGACGUACAAGUACCUAAUGGAGCUUGGGGCUGUAGUAAUGGAUGGAUAUAACAUUGUUGGUGAUGCCACAACAGCUGCUCUUAUUCCAAUGCUAACAGGUAAGACAGAGAUGGAGCUACCUGAGGUUAGGAAGAACCAGUUUGAUUCAGAAACUGUUGACAUAUACCCGUUGAUAUGGAAACAUUAUCAGGAAAGAGGCUAUGUGACAAUGUUUGGUGAAGAUGAACCAUCUAUAGGAGUGUUUAAUUUAAGAUUAAAUGGUUUUAGAGACCCACCCACUGAUCAUUACAUGCGGCCAUUUUGGCAGUCAUUGUGGGACACGGAUUUACGAAAGAACAGCCCACGUUAUUGCACCGGAAAUACACCAAACCAUAUGUAUUUGAUAAAUUAUCUGAAAGACUUUUUUGUGAAAUACGACAAUGUCUCAAAAUUCGCAUUUAUGUUCGGAAGUGAGCUUACCCACUGGGAUAACAACCCUGGUGAAUACAUGGACGAUGAUUUUGUCGGGUUAUUUGAAUUUUUAAAACACAAUGGUCAUUUAGAAAACACGGUGCUUUUUGUAUUUGGUGAUCAUGGUGCAAGAUACAGCAAAGUGCGAUACACAGUUCAGGGAAAAAUGGAAGAGAGACUUCCACUCAUGUCAUUAACAUUCCCGAAAUGGUUCCGCCAAAAAUAUCCACAUUUAUAUACGAAUCUCAAAAAUAAUUCCGAUAAGCUUACAACUCCGUUUGAUGUACAUGAAACAUUACUUGACAUCUUGGAUCUUAAAAGAAGUUUUCAUAAAACAAAGAGAAAACAGCGAGGAAUUAGUUUGUUACGCCCAGUUCCGCCUGAGCGAACAUGUUCGGACGCUCAUAUAGAAAUUCAUUGGUGCACAUGCCUCAAACAGCUAGAACUCGAUGCACAAGACAAAUAUGUACAAAACUCUAUAAAAGCUUUAAUAAAGUUCCUAAAUAAAGAAACAAAGAGGAUGAGACAGUUCUGUGCGGUGUUAGAAUUUAAUAAAUUACUUCAUGCUUAUCUGUUAGUACCAAAUGAGAAGGUUUUAAUGUUUCUACAUUCCCAAGAUGAUGAUAAUAGAGUGGGUAAUUUCACCAGUAAUAUCAAAGUUGACCACGCCCACUUUCAGAUCACCAUAAAAACCUUACCAAAUCAUGGUUUAUAUGAAAGUACAGUACAGGUAAACAUGACAUCAGGUGUAUACACGGUGAUCGAGACAGAAAUAAGCCGUUUAGAUAUGUACGGAAGUCAGCCAGCCUGUGUUCAGGAGAAAUAUCCAGAUCUACGCAAAUACUGCUACUGUAAGGAUCAGGAAAACAGCAAAAACCAAAACAAGAAAGCUCUGUAAACCUUGAAUGGUUAUUCUCAAAACUAAUGCGAUAAAAUCACUCUUGUAAAAGCACUUAUGAUUUUUUAGUAUUAAAUCACUUUCGGUUCCAGCAGGUGAAAAAUAGUUUUGAUCAUUACAGUAGUUAUUUCUUGAUUUUCAAUGGUUUGAACAAUUUUAAGCAAUAUGAAGCUUAUUGUUACCAAGUUUAAUGAUAAAUUGUUUGGACAUGGGCAUUGUAUUUAUUUAUAAUCUAGAGAAUUCCAUGAAAACCUUUAUGCCAAAGAAUAAAUGACAGCAUCAAGUGGCCAGUGAUGUUCUUUUCUUGUAUAUAAUUUUGGAAAUUGUGGGUUAUAUUUGAGGUAACAAGAAAAUGUCAGAUAAUUAUUUUUGCAUAUUUUUGUUUGACAUAUCUAUGAUCAGAUUGUAUCAAUAAUUUACAAAGAAUAGGUAAGCUGGGAAAUUGUAUUUAUUUGAAACCAAAAGAGUUAUCUGAAAAUUUCAUUUUUUUCAAAGGACAGGAUUAUCUCAGAGAAUUGCAUUUUCUUGCAAAGAAAAAUGUCAGCUAAAAAUAGUUGUUUUUUUUUUGUAGAGACCAGGUUAAGUUGGGAAUUUUGCAUUUUCUUGGAAGUAUCAAAGAUUGUAACUUCUCAUACUCUUGCAAAGAACAGGGUUAGCUAAAAAUUGUAUUUUCUUGGAAAGAAAAGGGUCUGGGGUCAAAAAUCAGUACAAAUACUGUAACUGUGAACUGGUUUUGAAGAACUGUGCACUGUCAUUGUACAUGUAUUAAGUCAUGCAAAGAAAAUUUUUUAUUCAUUCCAUUGUAUUGUCAAUAAUAUUUUACAUUGUGGCAAUUAACCCUGUAAAUACUCAUUUUUAGCUCACCUGUCACAAAGUGACAGGGUGAGCUUUUAUGAUCGCUUUUCGUCCGGCGUCCGACCGUCCGUCCGGCGUCCGUCCGUAAACUUUUACUUUAAAUGACAUCUCCUCAUAAACCGCUGAGCCAAUUUCAUCCAAACUUCACAGGAAUGUUCCUUUGGUGGUCACCUUUAAAAAUUGUUCAAAGAAUUUAAUUCCAUGCAGAACUUUGGUUGCCAUGCAACCAAUAGAAAAAACUUAAAAUAUCUUCUUUUAAAAAACCCAAAGAGGAAGAGCUUAGGUAUUUGGCAUAAAACAUCUUCUAGUGAGUGUCUAUCAAGUUUGUUCAAAUAAAAGCCCUGGGGUCAAAAUUGGCCCCGCCCGGGGGGUCAUUGAUUUUCUCUAUAUGCAUAUAGUAAAAACUUAAAAAAAUCUUCUUUUAAAGAACCCAAAGAGCUAGAGCUAAGAUAUUAAGCAUGAAACAUCUUCUAAUGAGUGUCUAUCAAGUUUGUUCAAAUAAAAGCCCUGGGGUCAAAAUUGGCCCCGCCCCUGGGGGUCAUUGAUUGUCCCUAUAUGCAUAAAGAAAAGCUUAAAAAAUCUUCUUUUAAAGAACCCAAAGAGCUAGAGCUAAGAUAUUUAGCAUGAAACAUCUUCUAAUGAGUGUCUAUCAA